GUGCCAUUUUUCAACUCCGCUGGAGCCAGUGCCCAGGAGGAGGAGGCACAGUUACGGGAGCAGGAGACAGAGCAGGGGGUGUGCUGCCAGCGCCUGGCUCACCCGGUGGCCUCGGCCGAGGAGGACCUGGAGGCAGCCGUCCCAGCCCCAGGGACUGGGGGCGAGUCUGUGAUUGGGGAGACCCGGCGGGGCCUGUGGGAAGUCAUGGAGAAACUGGAGAGCGGCCUUGUGGAGCUCCUGGAGGAGCAGACAGACCUGAGGGAGCGUGUGGAGAAACUACAAGAUCAAUUCAUCCGGUACUGGAGAGAAAGAUGCCAUCAGAAAAUGCGUCACCUUAUAAAUGAACCAGGAGGCAAUGUCAAAGAUGCAGCGCGGGGAGGAGGACAUCAUCAGGCUGGCCCAGGACUGGGAGGAGAUGAAGGUAAAGCAGCUGGAGCUUCAAGAGAUGGUGUUGGGGCUUGCAGUGACUACAGUGAGGGGCACAGCAAACUCCUGGCCUCUUCCCAGAACCCUGCUGAUGAGCCCGGUCCAGGAGCCCCAGCCCCCCAGGAGCUUGGGGCCACCGACAAGCCUGGUGGUGAGUAGAGCCCUCAGGCGGGGCGGGCAGGCAGGAGCAGGGGGCGCUGGCGCUGCACUCAGAUCCCCGCCUCCAACUCUCCAAAGAUCUUUGUGAGAUGAG